AGAUCAACUGGCCACUGAAAAACAACAGGGGCUUCUGCUCAUGUGUCGGCGUCGGCUCAUCAGACGUCCCCCUCAAAAAGCAGGGGCGCGUCAGCCUGGUGGGCGACCACAGCCAGUCCUGGGGUUUGGACAUGGCCAAGCAACGCGCCAUUCACUUUGGCAAAGUCCAGCAGAGGAUGUACCUACCCAUACCCGAUAGGUGAGUUCUGAAACGGCGUUCAGUCCAGAUGCUGGUCCACUUGGAGCGGGGGGGGGGGGAACUGAGGUCUCAACAACGUAUUGAGCUUUCGGAUACAAAAAACUUUUUUUUUUUUUAAAAAAAUGGCGUUCAGUCCAGAUGCUGGUCCACUUGGGGGGGGGGGGGGGGGAACUGAGGUCUCAACAACGUAUUGAGCUUUACGAUACAAUAAACAUUUUUUUUUUUUUAGACAAAAUGUUUGAGCUACUAAUUUAAAACAGGGUUCAGCACUAAAUAAAUGUCAUUCACAAACAUGUGCGUUCAGACCAAUCAUAAAAUUAAAAUGUUUCAUUAUUUUUAAUCAAUUUAAAUUAUAGUGGCUUCUGACAGAUAAUAUUUAAAAAAAACACAUACAAAAAAAACAUUAUUUGGCUUCAAUUAUGUCUGUCAAACAUAAACAAAAAGAAGAGCGCACAAUAGUUUAAUACAAGUCUCUAUCCAGAAUAAAUGUAUUUAAAGAACGGCCCGUGGUGGGGUGGGAAACAACAACAUCUUCCUAUGGCAUUAUAUAUGUCGUCAGAUAAUUAUUAUUUUAAUUAAGAUAAUUACUUCAACCCUUUUUUUUUAAUGGUAAUAGUUGACAUUUUAUAAAUUGAAUAAAUUGUAUAAAUUUGAAUGGUGUGAUUGUCCCCCCCCCCCUUUUACGACAGUAACACAGUUAUCUGCACAAGCAGGGCCGUUCCUUGUUGUUUGACCAUGUCUUCCACCCAAGGCGAAAACUGAAAAAUGCCGCCAACCCCCCUUUUUUUAGCCAUGCCCUCAACCUCUGUCACUCAGGCUAUAAGAAUUCAUGCAAUAGAUAUAAAAUAACUUGUAUUCAGCAUUAAACAAUAAAUUUAAAAUUGUAAUUUUCCCUCUAUUUCAUUUUUUACCAUCCUAAUUAGAACUUUUUUUUUCGCUGUUUGAUUUCAAAUUGAAAAAAAAAAACAUAAAAAAACAACUCCGCUCUUUUGCACCCCCCCCCCCCAACUAAAAUUUUACCUUCCAAAGCAGCCGCACUGUCUCACCUAACGGUAGAGACUGCCCUGGGCCCAAGCCAUAAUGAUUUACGGUAAUUAACAUUUUUACCCAGCUGACCUGAGCCAAAAGUGUUUGGAGUGGGAGGGGAGGGGGGUGCACGAAUGCUAUACACAUAACCCCUUACCUUUGAAUAACUCCAAACCCUCGUUAUGCUUAACUGUGACAUUUGAUGACAUAACAUAAUAAUUGUUAAGUUGAUAGGUCUGUUAACUGUGACAUUUAAUGACAUAACGCAUAAUAAAUGUAAUUCGAUAGGUCUAUUAACUGUGCCAUGUUAUCAUUCAACAGAUACUACAUGUAUAUCGACAUGGAGUCUGGGACCAUUGGUUUUGGAGCUGACGUCACAGCGUAUGGCAGGGACGCCGAGUAUUUCGGUAACAUUUUGACAGGGAUCCCCAAAAGUAAAUCCAACCCCAUGUUCCUGAUGGUCAGCAUGUGUCAGCCAAAUGAACAGGUGCAGGUUUAUUACAAGGGAUCUCACAGUAAGUUACUAGUUGAUUGCUGGCGAAGCGUAUACAUUUUGGCAUGGAUUGUUUACAUUUGUUUUCUGAUAGAGUUGACAUUUUGGCUAAACUAACAGUAUAACCCUGGCCCAAACACGCUUCUCAGCUGCUUAAUUUUAAGUCCUGUAACUCUGUUAUCUAGUAGGCAGUGCCGUCUUAAGCCAUGAACCCUGGCAUCAUGCUUCGGGGGAGGGGGGGUAGGGGGGCGCUCAUGGCUCUAAGGGCCUCACUCUUCAAGCGACAUAAUGCCGCCAAUAUUGUUAAUGGAUAUUGAAAUAUUUUUUGUAAAAUUUGUUUUCAAAAACAGCUGGUAUACCGUUUCUCCAUUUUUCUCCAUUUUUUAAAACAAGUAUUUCGAUGUUCACAUUAAUUCAAUUUAUUAUUAUUAUUUAUUUUUUUUUUUGGUAUUAGUUUUAGACAAAAUUUAUUUUGAUAAAUUGUCAAAUUGCGAAUAUUUUCUAAUAUUUUUUUUUUAAAUGACCUGUUUUUUUAAAAAAAAACAUACAUAAUCUGUAGACCUUUUCUACAACAUAGUAUUUUUUCUCGUUUUGUAACUAUAAAUUUUGGAAAAACAUAAUUAAGUUUCAAAUAAAUGCUAAAGGGAGGCCUACUAAUAAUUUUUUUUUCCUAACUGUUUUAAAUGGAAACAUUUUUUAAAAAAAUGAAAAAUUCGGUCUUUUAUGAAGGUAUUUAACUAAAAAAUAGUUCUAAAAUAAAAUUAUGAAACAACAUUACUGUUUGGAUACGAUUACAUUUAAAUGAAAUUCUGUAACCCAUGAAUGAUCAAGGGAACCUAAAUAUCCAUUAGCAUAUUUUCUUUUGCUUGUAGGUUAAGUUUAGAAAAAUGCAAAACUAAAUUCAUUUAUACGCCAAAAGGUAUCCCAUCAGUUCGAAUUUUUCAAAUAUUUUCCUGGGGAGGGGCUUACUAAGACCGCUCUCCAAACCUUAACCCCAGUUUCGUUCGGCGCCCUCAAUCCCUUAUUGCCCCUCUACUUUAAAUUGAAAGAACCGAAACAUUUUAAUAUAAAAAAGCGUUGGAUGUAAGCAUGGGCGCCCGAAGACAACUUACUAGGGGGGGGGCACAAAAAAAUUGACUAACUUUCUAGGGGGGGGGGGGGCAAACAUUUUUUAGUAAGGUUUUAAUGUGGUUUUAAUUUACUGCAGCGUAUUUGUAUGGUGAACGAAUAAAAAAGCGUUGGAUGUAAGCAUGGGCGCCCGAAGACAACUUACUAGGGGGGGGGCACAAAAAAAUUGACUAACUUUCUAGGGGGGGGGGGGGCAAACAUUUUUUAGUAAUGUUUUAAUGUAGUUUUAAUUUACUGCAGCGUAUUUGUAUGGUGAACGAACGGACAGGACAUCAGCUUAGUUACUUUCUCUUUAUUUUCUCUUUACUUUAAUAAAUUUUUUGUCUAUUUUUGUCUAAAAAAAUUAUUCCAAUCAAUCCAGCGGGCGCCCAUGGAUGUAAGUAAAUACAAUGAUUGUUUUGGACGAGCAAAAUUAUGAUUUUCCUUUAGUUUGGUAUACGUUGUUGGACUAUAUAUUUGUCAAGAAGCGAAACCAAGCUGGGGCUUAAAGCAUACACUCAGCGGGCUCUACUACCAGAAUGAAGUUAAGGUUAUGUAUGGGGAAGGCGUCACAUUGCAUAAUUUCGGUCUGCUAGAUGCCCUGCACUCCCGCCAUCCCUCGAACUCUGACAUGCUACCCACGCUCUACCGUGGAUCAAAUUACCUGAAAGAAACUGAGCCAACAUGGGCCAUAUGCCAUAUGUUUUUCUUAAUAUAGGCCUACUUGAGUAGUAGGCUAUAGACAGAGCCAUGUCGAGGAAAAGCGGGGUCCAGGGCGGACUAGUAAGACGAUUUUGGCGUCUCCGUCUAUGUGAAGUAGGCCUACAUGGGAUUUUAUCUUUUAUAUCAUUAUUAAGGGUCACUCUAAAGACGAUUUGGCGUCUCCUGAUAUUGGCAACAGGGGUGAUUGGCCCUCUCCUUCGCGUGGCCCUAUAGGGAUCAGAGCCUCAGUGCAUUACUUUGGCCCCACUUCUGUAAAGACGACCAUUGCUAGUAUUGUCGUAUUUAGCCAAGGGAAUACCUGUAAAGAAGCAACCUACAUUCCCUUCUACAUUUUUUGUAUAACGUCAAAACAUUGGGAAAUAUUUCGUGUGGGGUUUUGGGGCGGUUUUCCUAAAAUAUUUAUGAUCCUAAACAACCAAUAUUAACUGUCAGUGUUAGUAUGUACGGCCAGUUAACAUGCUCUACUAUUCAUUCAUUUUUCUUUAUGAUAUGAUAGGCCUAUAUAUAUAUGUCAAGCAUUUUUAGCAAACGACUUUUUUCAAAAUAAUAGUUAAUUGUACAAAUAUAACAUUAUUUUAAGACUUUGUCAAUUUAGAAUGUGAUCAUAAUAUUAAUUGAUUAUUUUAAAAGCGUUUAUGUACUUUCUUUCGAGAAAAAUAAUUUUUUUUAUUUCAAAUUAUUUCCCAAAAAGUCUACACCUUUUAAUGAUUAACUGGGUUACCACUCUUGUUUGCAUUUGAAAAUAUUUUGUUUCCAGCCACAGAAGAAGGUUUUGACCUAAUUGGAGGUGAGCCCAUCUACGAGGGGGCCUCAAAACAAACGAAAAGUUCCAAACAGUCGACCACAAAUGUCGUAAAUGUCUACACCAUUGCUGGAGGUAAGAUGGUCUAAUAUAAUAGUAUUCCUGAUUUUUUUUUUACACAGACGAGUCCAAAUAUUCUCAUUAAUAUCACAUUAAAAUGCAGUGCAAUCGCGACAGUUUUUGGCAGAGGCGUAGCGAGGGGGGGCAGGGGGGACAGAUGUCCCCGGCGCAAGCUAGUUAGGGGCGCUAAAAUGUGCUUUGAUAUUAUAUUAUUGGUAAAAAUAAUGGGUUUGAGAGUUGAAAAAAUAAAAGGGGGCGCUUUAAAAUGUAUAUUGUCCCCGGGCGCGAAUCUUGUCCCCGGGCGCCAAACACCCUCGCUAAGCCACUGGUUUUUGGCGCCUGGUUCCUUCCUUGAAUUUGCUACAUUUCACGCGUGAAAUCCCGCUUGACCAAACAUACACACUACACUACACUACUACUACAGAUCAUCACAGUGUUGUAGGAAGCGGGGUAUGGAAGAGGCAGUCCGCCCCGGGCUGCACCUUUUUCUUUCAUAUGAAGUGGUAUAAUUUUCGGCCAACUACAUACUUUACCCUGGCGCAGGGGGUGGCAAAUUUCUUAUCUCACCUGGGGUGGCACUAGCCCUAGUUACGACCUGCAUCAGCAACUAUAUAUCUAAAUAAAUAUAUGUGCAGUUCACACAAAAAUGCUGUUCCCAAAAAGGCCCCGACCCAAGGCAAACAGCCCCCCCCCAGGCAAGCAGCCCCCCCCCCCAUUCUUCUUAGCCAGUCAUUAAAUUACGGGUAACAAAAUAAUAUAUUACCACACUUCUUAAUAUUACUACAAUGGCUUUGGUUGGCUUGAUCCCAAAGCUCUCAAAACAGGACUAUUUCCAUCUCCACACUAACGAAUGCCAUUGUUUGAACUGAAGACACAUCAAUUACUUUGACUGUAAAAACUAAAGAUAGCCUUCAACUGAAAGAUUUAUUUUCAAUUUAUAUUAUUUAAAUUUAUAUAUUAUUUUCUGUUGUUUUUGUUUUCAUUAUUUUAUAGCAAUUAUUAGUAUUUUUCAUUCUCAUUUAUUAUAUUCUUUUUUUUGUAUGUUUUGUAUACUGAAGGAGACUUUUAAACUAACUAGUCUGUUUCUCUCUUCUAGAAGCAGUAACACUGUUUCUUUAGCAUUGUAAUUAUAAUUGAACUUUGUUGUGGUUUGGGGCUUUCCAUACAUAAAGUAUGAUAAAGUACGCCAAGUUUUUUGUGACAAUUUUUACCCCCCCCCCUUCCCCCCGUCACAAAUCUUUAAAAUAAAUCACACUCCUAAAGUAACAAAAAUUUUUUAACAAUUAAUUAAAAUUCAAUCUAAAACACUUUUGAAAAAACUAGACACUACCAGUACUAAGUGACAUCUUCUGUCAAAAAUAGCCUACAUCCAAAACAACAGAAAGUUAAACAUCACUGUCAAUUUCAGCUUUUAUAAGUCUGAUAAAACAUAUAUGUUAUUAAAUGAUUAACAUCACAUAUGAUAUCCUCGCCCAGUCACAUAUGACCACACCCCCCCCCACACACACUUUUUUUCCCUUGUCACAAACUAUCAAACUUUCUGUAACUCUUCCUGAGGGUGACUGAGGUACCUUAUGGACAAUACCUUUCUGCAGACCGAUCUUUUCUUUCCACUUGUUUCAACUCAAUCAGUUUUUUAACAAUAGUAACCUGUACAAAUUGCUGGUUCAGAUUUGCAGUAAAACUUACAGAUGUACCUCUUGAGAAACUUGCUAUAUGAUAUAUGUAAUUAGAUGUUGAUAAGUAUGGAAUUGACCCACCAAAGACAGUUUUUUCACAUUUUGUAAAUAUUUUGUUAACUAUUAUCUUACUAGGUGCACCAGGCCCGUACAUGCAAGCCCCUUACGUACAGCCAGUCCCAUACAUGCAAGCCCCAUACAUGCAGCCAGUCGCAUAUGUGCAACCAGCCCCAUACAUGCAGCAAGGCCAGUACCAGCAGCAAGGCCAUUACCAGCAGCAAGCUAUAACUGAUGGCCACCAGAAGAAUAACCGCCAUCGUAAAGACUCAACUUCAUCUUCUGAUUCAUCAUCAUCAGCCUCAAAGCAUGACAAAAACAAGAAGAAGGGCAAAUACUAAUCAUCUUGUAUUGUGUCAAUGGUGGGUGUCGAAUUAUUAUGGCCUUCGUCUCACUACUGUUUUGCUAAAGCUUUUGCUUACAAUUAUGAAUAUUUUUGGUCUCAAGAAACAAUGUGUAAUAAUAAGAUGGGGUUAUUGAUAUUCUAAUGAUUAUGAUUACCCCAGCUUUCUAUAAAGAAUCUCUAUCAGUGCUGCAAGGGAGUAAUGUUUUAACAAUGUCUAUUUAUUUUUUGGGGGAAGGAGAUUAUUUUAUAACUAAAUUAAAAUACUUAUCUUAUCUUAGGGGCCAUCUAUAUGAUCACAUGAUGCAUCUGGGGAGGGAGGGGAGCACAAAUUUUUAAUGAUGUAUUGUUACAGUGUCUAAAUAAUGUGACAAAUUUGUCUUGAUGGGAGUGGUGUGGGGGGGGGGGGUUCCACAUGUAGCCCAAAUACUGUGACAUCCUCUAUGAAUGGGCCUUUAUGAUAAAGUGAGGCACUAUAUUUGACUUUUGGGUAUGACACUUUAGACUGAUUUAUUUACUUAGCGUAAAUGUUUUUCUUUUGUCUCCACUGUUUCAGCUUGUUAAAUUGAUGAUUGAUUAUAAAAGUUUAGCAAAUUAACUUUAAAAAAAUUUUUUUUUUUAUUUAUAAAAAUAUUAUUUGCUUCCUUUUUCCAGAUCUGCCUUACAUUAAAAUGAGAAAGAAUGGUAGGAAUUCCACUAAAAAUAUUGGAUUACUCCAAAGUAUAAGGCAAAUAAAUGAGGAAAUAUAACAGACAAUUCACAACAUCCAAAUGAGUAUUUACUAAAAAAAAAUAUUUUUAUUUAAAUCAUUUUAUUUUGACCUUUUUUUGAGUACCGGUACGGUUUUGGUUUGAAUUUAUGUUUAUUAACCAGUAAAGUAAAUGCUCAUGUUUUAAUUAAACGUAUUACAAGACCUGUUGCUUUGUUGAAAAAUAUUCUUACAAUUAUCUGUGAUAUUUUCAAAAAUUGUUUUACAACCCUAAAGAAAUUUAUUUAAAAUGCUGUUUUAUGUUUUGUAUCACAAUUCCUUACGAUAUUUUGCCCAGUGACAUGAUUAGGUGUGGUGCACCUGUAAAUGACAUCUAAAAAUAUCAAUGAACAUGGUUCCAAAAUUUUUAUUAUAUGUUUAUAAAGUAGGCACCUAAUAUAUUUUAAAUGUUAAAGGAAUUUUUUUCUGUUUUCCCAUAUUGUACAUUUCUUAAGUUUUAUUGCAACUGCUGAAUAUGAAAUAUCAAAACUGCUGAGCAUGAACCAGAGACCUUCUCCUGGUGAUUGUUCCUGAAAAUUUACAACAGCAAUUGCUUAUAUUAUCAACUUUAUUUUUGCUAUUUUCAUGAAUCUAUCAUUGUUGGCCAAAGAUCACAACACAUGUACAAUAAAUAUCAGAUCUUAUUGGUACAAAAAAAUUAUCAGUCUACAUUUAAUUUUGUAUUUUUCAGAAUAAAGUUUCAAAUUUAACUGACUCAGUAAAUUAUGUUCUAUUUAAGACCAUUUUAAAAAAAAUGAAACUUGACCCAGUGAAGCUUAUAUAUUACUGUAUUUUUAAUUUGUCCAAUGAAUGAUAUUUAAUUAUUUUUUUUUAACUUUCUUAAAACUAAAAGCUGCAAUACAGUUAAAAUAACAUUUCAGUGUUUUUCUACUAUUUAUUUUUAUGAUAUAAAAGUUACAGGAGGUUUGAAUUUUUUUAAAAAAUCCAAUUUUUUAUUUUGUUAUGCCUCUAAGUUUUGGGGGCUUUUCUAAGUUUGUGGUUUAAUAUAAAUAGAUACUUAUAAUGUUGGAGUGAUCAGUUCCCCAUAAUGUUAAGUAUACCAAUUUUAAAAGGAUUCUGAGACUUAAAUUUUUUGUAUUUAAGUUUUCAAGUUGUGUAGAUCUAAUUUUAGAUAUUUUGAGAUAGACAUUUUGAAAAUAAAGAAUUACUAAUGAAGCAUG